AUGCACAGAUUUCUUAGUGAUGUUGUCAGCUAUACUUUGCUCGAUGCAGCAGUGCAUUGCAGAUCUUCACAGAAGGCCAACUCUGAGGAUAGAUCGCUGUUGUUUCAUGCCUUGGAGACAUCACACAAUGUGAGUGAUGCUGUGGCAGAAGCCACACUUCUUUGUCUGGAGGAACUCCUGAAGAAAUGCCAUUUAGGAGCUGUUGAUCAGAAGGCCAACUCUGAGGAUAGAUCGCUGUUGUUUCAUGACUUGGAGACAUCACACAAUGUGAGUGAUGCUGUGGCAGAAGCCACACUUCUUUGUCUGGAGGAACUCUUGAAGAAAUGCCAUUCAGGAUCUGUUGAUCAGGUUGGUUCUGCAGACGCAUUGGCUUUCUAUUUACUAGGUGUUGUCAGUCAGAUUAGGAAAGUAUUGAAUGUAUCACAAACUAUGAUUAGUGGGGUGUCUGGAAGGACGGAAGCCUUGGAUCAUGCAAUUAGAGGUUUUGCAGAAUAUCUUGUCAUAGUUCUCGAGGAUGAUGUGAAUAUAUCUAGUCUCGGUAUCAUUGUGAAUGACAACUUUGGCCUUUCUUCAAGUGAAGAGCAACCUCUUGCAUCAUUGCUGGAGGAACUCCAUCACCUGCCUGUUAAAGAUCAAGGCAAGGAUGAAAUUACUGCUCAAGAUUUGACGAAAUCUGUAGACAGGGGUGUUACAAUGUCUGGCUUCAGAGAGAAGGCUCGAGGUGAUUUUGACAGAAAGGUUGGAUCACUGCGUGUUAAGCGUACGACAGAGUGGAUUGUAAACACUUCUACUCACGUUUUAUUAGCAACUUUCCCCCAUGUAGGUUAUCUCAGUUGUGAUACUCCAUAUUCCACAGGCACUCUUAUCAAAAUGCAGUUACACACUGAAGGAAAGCAUAUUGAUGCUUUUGGUGAGCUUGCAACUAAAACCUGUAACUUACGCAAUUGA